UCAUUUUGCUCGGCUGGUACAGUGACGAAUCUGCUCGUGUGUAGAAGAAAAUUGCGAUUCCAAUGAAAACAUCUGCAACAGAAGCCACUCGAAACAGUUCGCUGUUCUUUAAGACAAGAAUGUCGACAUCGCCGAGAGUAUUCCUCUGCACUUGCACAUGAACAUGAGCAUGUAUGAGACGCUACGCCACGAGCUGCAUUAUGUAACGUUUUCUGUCAUUUGUCGUUGUGGCUAACGAUAGCAACGAAGCUAGCUUAGUUUAAAAAGCAUUUCAACUUGAUUAGUUGCAGGUUGCCUUCCAGCAGAAAACUGAAUUCAGUAAAUUCACUGGCAGAAAGGAGGCGAUGAGGAUCUGUGCUGUCCGGCCCAGCCAGAGCCCUGACUUAAACCCAAUUGAGCAUCUCUGGAGAGACCUGAAAAUGCCUGUCCACCAACGUUCACCAUCACCAUCCAGCCUGACAGAACUGGAGAGGAUCUGCAAAGAGGAAUGGCACAGGAUCCCCAAAUCCAGGUAUUGCAGGCUGCUCUCAUGACAACUCAUGGAGAAGACAGAUUUUCAGAGGUGGCUGGAGUCAAUCUCUUCCACUUUCCUAACGCUAAAUGACCAGCAGCGCAACCAGUCUUUGGACCACAUCAUAUUCCUUAGUGGUGCUGCCCAGCUUCGUCAUUUGUCUAAUGGCUUGGAGGCGCUGCUCAAACGGGACUUUCUCCGACUCUUGCCUCUGGAACUGGCUUUCUACUUGCUGCGGUGGUUAGAUCCACAGACUUUACUCACUUGCUGCCUUGUCUGCAAGCAAUGGAAUAAAGUGAUAAAUUCAUGCACAGAAGUGUGGCAGAAUGUUUGUCGGGACCUGGGCUGGAGGAUUGAUGAGUCCAUUCAGGAUGCAUCCCAUUGGAAGGGUGUCUACAUUAAGGCUAAACUGCGGAUGGUACAGCUGAAGGAUCAGAAGGCCUUUGAGACAUCGUCACUCAUUGGCCACAGUGCUCGUGUGUAUGCUCUCUAUUAUAAGGACGGUCUUCUCUGCACAGGAUCUGAUGAUCUCUCUGCAAAAUUAUGGGAUGUACGUACUGGGCAAUGCAUUUAUGGGAUUCAAACUCACACCUGUGCCACAGUGAAGUUUGAUGAACAGAAGCUUGUGACUGGAUCCUUUGAUAACACUAUUGCAUGCUGGGAGUGGAGCACAGGAGCCAAAAUCCAGCAGUUCCGUGGCCACACAGGAGCAGUUUUCAGUGUGGACUACAAUGAUGAGAUGGACAUGCUGGUGAGCGGCUCUGCAGACUUCACUGUGAAGGUCUGGGCUUUGGCAGUCGGUGCCUGUCUCAACACUCUGACUGGACAUACUGAAUGGGUUACCAAGUGCGCCGACUGGAAGAGAACGCGGAACACCAAUGAAGAAGAACCCACAGGUUAUGGAGUACGUAACAAUGGACAAUGUGCUGCGGUUGGGUGGAGUGCCCUCUCCAGGUCGGGGAUAAGAUCCUGCCCCAAGUGGAGGAGUUCAAGUAUCUUGGGGUCUUGUUCACGAGUGAGGGAAGAAUGGAACGGGAGAUCGACAGGCGGAUCGGUGCAGACUCUGCAUUGAUAAGGACUUUGGUACGUUGUGGUGAAGAAGGAGCUAAGCCGAAAAGCAAAUUUCUCAAUUUACGGGUCGAUCUACGUUCCUGUCCUCACCUAUGGUCACGAGCUGUGGGUCGCGACCAAAAGAACAAGAUCGUGGAUACAAGUGGCCGAAAUGAGUUUCCUCCACAGGGUAUCUGGACUCUCCCUCAAAGAUAUGGUGAGAAGCUCGGUCAACCAGGAGGGGCUCAAAGUCGAGCUGCUGCUCCUCCGCAUUGAGAGGAGCCAGAUGAGGUGGCUGGGGCAUCUAAUUAGGAUGCCCCCUGGACACCUCCCUAGUGAGGUGCUCCGGGCACGUCUCCCCGGGGUCUCCCCCCGGGGACAAUCCAGGACACGCUGGAGAGACUAUGUCUCUCGGCUGGCCUGGGAAUCCCACAGGAUCCCACCAGAAGAGCUGGACGAAGUGGCUGGAGAGAGAACAGUCUGGGCUUCCUGCUUAAGCUGCUGCCCCCACAACCUGACCUUGGAUAAGCGGAACAAAAUGGAUUGGUGGAUUGAUGGAUGUUGAUACAAAACAGAUACUUUGAUUUGCAAAAUCAGGAGAUUGUACUUGUAGCCCUAAAGUACUUUUUGUUCUCUUUUUGUUGCUCCCUGUGUUGGAGAGAAGUCAGAUGUUUAAGGUUUUUCACACUGUACUUGCUCAGUGUGAAAGGCCCCACGUAAACGCGCAACGACGAUGACAAUGGGGGUGCAGCCAUCCCAUAUUUGGAAGUGGUAACCUAUGAGCCUACAAAUGGGAGGCUUUCCCCACUGAGUGGACUGCAACUUGGCAAUAUGUAUUUGUCAUUGUUAGAAAAGAAAGCCCUAACUUUGCUUAUUUUAAGGAGGAGGAGGUGACACAGCAGCAAAUACAAAAAUUAAAAAGGGGGGGAGUGGGAGUAUCCAGUACUAAUUUCACUCCUUUCUUGUUGCAGGAAGAGUGCUUCAAGGUGUAUUUCAGGCUGAGCAGGGAGAUUUGAAAGGGAGACGGAAAAUAUUAUGCGUUCCACCAUUUUCCGCUUGCAACUAUUGCAAAAGUUAUGUAUGGACCCUGUUACAAAAUUUCUGCAGCUUGUCAACUCCCAUUGAGCACAAUGGUCCCCAUCAUUCAUGGAUGUAAUACUUUUGGAGCCAUAAGGACUCUGCCUUGGACAGGUUACCCAGGUGAAUGUGUGGAGAUGGGAGCACCUUUCAGAAGGAAACCAUCUCUAUAGCACUCCACCUAUCAUGCCUUUCAGGGUUUGACAUUCAGCCUUUGUGAGUGGUAAGCCAAGUUGUGGUGGCCCUGUCAGAACCAGUGCUGGCUCCGUAUAGUCAUGACAUAUAGUCAGACCUGAACGAGUUCAUGAACUUUCAUUCAUUGCACUCAUUCAUAUUUUGGGUGAACGUGAACUGAACAUCGUGCAUUUCUGGCUGAUGUAUGUUAUUGUGUAUUCGCUCAUUCUGGCAUCUGUGAGUGGUUUUUCAACGGCAAUUCAUUCUUGUGCAUUAGAAUGCCAGGUUUCCUUAGAGACUUCCAGGAGAAAACACUGCUCAACACACAGUAAAUGAGCAUUCAUAUGUAGGGUGGAGGAGGAGAGUGAAAGAGAUGUACCUCGCCCAGCUUUUUUGGAAUGUGUUGCAGCCAUAAAAUUCCAAGUUAAUGAUUAUUUGCUAAAAACAAUCAAGUUGAUCAGUGUGAACAUUAAAUAUCUUGUCUUUGUAGUGUAUUCAAUUACAUAUAGGUUGAACAUGAUUUUCAAAUCAUUGUAUUCUGUUUUUGUUUAUGUUUAACACAACGUCCCAACUUCAUUGGAAUUGGGGUUGUAAAAUGGCAAAUGAUGUGGUCAAUUUUAAAGUGAAUAGGUGUGUCUUGAGUUUGGAUUUGAAGAGGGUUAAUAAGUCUGUGUUUCAGAGGUCAGGUGGUCGGGAGUUCCAAAGACUGAGGGCAAAACGGCUGAAGGCUCUGUCCCCCACGGUGGACAGACGAGCAGAAGGGACGGUGAGAUGGAAUGAAGACGAAGUUCUGAGAGAGUGAGGGUACGGCAACGUGAAGGAGGUCAGCAAGAUAUAUUGGGGCGAGGUCAUUGAUGGCUUUGAAGUGCCAUAUCAGUAUUUUAAAUUGGAUGUGGUAUUGUACAGGGAGCCAGUGGAGUAGCCUUUUUUGGCGAUCCCAGCCAUCAACAGUAACAUGGACGUAUGUGUCAUCAAAAUGUGAUUCAUGCUUGGAGGGGAAAAAAGAGCUUGUGGCGGUUCCCUCAGUCGGGAAAUCUGUGUUAGUUGGCAACAAAUAGUAAGGUAAAUUACUCGUUGCUCGUUCCUGUGUAGCGUAUAUUGGCGUUUGGAUAAACGGAAUUUAUUUAAGAAAUAAAUUAGUCGAAGCAGCGAUGCCUGCGUUGCUUCCGGUUUAGUGUGAUUUGAUGCUUAACGGUAUAAUCAAGCGGUUUUGUAUCGUGAAGGGUGCCACGUCUCUUUUUAUACGUAUAAAAUUUAGGAAAAAGUGACAAAAAAACUAACGGUUGCUACAUUUUAUGAAAUACGAAUCCUGGAUUACAGAGGCUUCAUUUUUAAACUCAAAACACUCGCAAAACACAACAAGGAGUGGAAUUUUAUAGAAUAGUUAAUGAAAUAUACAAGGGAUCAAUAAGGAAACACACAGAGGGGUCUAACUAAAGAAAGAAAACAACACUUAGGGUAAACGAAAAGGUAAGAUAGGACCAAGUGUUGCUGGACUAAAAAUGAGCGUGAAUAGGUAGCACCUUGUUGAGCGACUUUAUAUGAAGCUAGUAUUUUCCCCAAAAUUAUAGGCACUAAUCUUAUACAUUCUAGCAAUGCUUGUGGUGGUACUCACAACCGUAGGUUCAUUGGUCUUUGGGGAUGGUCUUUUCUCCACGCAUCUCAGGAGGAAAACGAAGCAGGUUUGGUUGAAGAAGAAAAAGGAUGCAGAAAAAUAAAACAAAAAGAAGUUGGCCUGUCAGGUGCACUCGUAACUUUCCUGCCAAUUGAACUUGUGGACGGCCCGUGCUUGCUCUCAACUGCGUGCGUGACCGACGGAAUGCCGGUAGUUGCUUGCUGAGGCUCCGCCUACAGAUCACGGCUUGAAAAAAAAAACGAUUGAAGCCGCAUGGCUGGCUUCUUCGAUCGAAAACGCCGCCGUCGGGUUGAGGCGGGCGCUCACGCACUUUUUGGCGCAUGGUAGCACCGGAGGACUACAGAAAAGGAAGGGUGUUGGCCGAAGCCACCCCGUGGCUGAUGAGAUUAGUCAGCCAGGACAGCAGAGAAGCAGGACACGAGAGAAAAACCAGAGAGACAGAAUAGGCGGGAGCCAAAGUUUAAAUAUCCAGGGGGCGUGUCUAAGGGACGUAGAGACUGGAGGAAGACCACACCCAUCAGCUUGAAUCUAGUCUAUAAUUUUGACCCAUAAAAUGGGUUUAAAAAUCAUAUAUUAAUCUAAAACACUCCCAACUUUGUACUCUUACUCAAUAGAUCAAGCAUAUAGAAUGAUUGUGUAAACUUUAGUCUUGGCAGAUCAAUUGCUUAUUGUUCAAUCACAUCGCUGUUUGGCUUCACAUAAAUACAAACAGUUCUCAAAAUCUCGCACCCGCACCUGUAAAGUUAACACACUGACAUAGACAUCAAGGCAUACAUUUGAAUAUUUCUGCAGAGUUCCAGAAAUAUCAAAACAGACAUUUUAUCUUCAGUUAAAGAAAACCUUGAAUGGAAGUCCACCUUGCAGUGACUCUCAAGUACCAGUGGGUGACACCCGUGUCCCAGGAAUUCUUCCUAUUUGGUCGCUAUCUUCAAAAGAAGAAAAGGAGUCUUUUGAAGACUGGAAUCCAGAUUUGACGGGAAGCUGCUAAUUAGGUUAAGGUCCAGCAGGCAUCUUUUCGUGGCAGUCUCGCACAGCAUGGCCGCAGGGAGGAAUGCAUCCAUCCAUCCAUCCAUUUUCUGAGCCGCUUCUCCUCACUAGGGUCGCGGGCGUGCUGGAGCCUAUCCCAGCUGUCAUCGGGCAGGAGGCGGGGUACACCCUGAACUGGUUGCCAGCCAAUCGCAGGGCACAUACAAACAAACAACCAUUCGCACUCAUAGUCAUGCCUACGGGCAAUUUAGAGUCUCCAAUUAAUGCAUGUUUUUGGGAUGUGGGAGGAAACCGGAGUGCCCGGAGAAACCCCACGCAGGCACGGGGAGAACAUGCAAAGUCCACACAGGUGGGGCCGGGGAUUGAACCCGGGUCCUCAGAACUGUGAGGCUGACGCUCUAACCAGUCGUCCACCGUGCCGCCGGGAGGAAUGCAGUUUAUCAAAUUGUUGGUGGGGGAGGAGGUUUUAGCAGCUGGGUCAAAGUCACUACACCUGAUAGGCAUAAGAGCUUUUUCCCUUUGAAUUUCGCUGGGGGGGAUUGAUACUAUGGUGAAGAGAGCAGGUGAAGCAGUUGGCUUGGGAACACUCAUACAAAACCCUAACGGGCACU